AUGCAUACGAUACCCAUCACCGUUUCUUUAUACGCCUUCCUAGCGACGACCUUUCUGUUCUCCUGCUCCGCUUAUGUUGCACAGGCACCGCUGAGCGAUGACAAGUGCACCGAAACAACGGUGGCCAUCUUGGGUGGAGGGAUGGCCGGUAUUGCAGCUGCACAAGCCUUGUCCAACGCAUCUAUCGACGACUUUAUCAUCCUCGAAUAUCGCGAUACCCUAGGUGGCCGUGUCUGGCAUACGGAUUUCGGCAAGGAUAAACAAGGCAAGCCAUACGUGAUUGAGCUAGGAGCCAACUGGCUCCAAGGACUCGGCUCCGAAGCUAUCGAGAAUCCAGUCUGGGCACUAGCCAAAAAAUACCGUCUCAAAAACACCUACUCUAACUACAGCUCCAUCCGAACAUACAACGAAACCGGCUACACCGACUACCGCUAUUUGCUCGACGAAUACGCGCAAGCCUACCACAUCGCCGCCCGCGAUGCUGGCCGCAUUCUGACCCAGAACCUACAAGACCAAACCGCACGCACCGGGCUCGCCCUCGCCGGCUGGAGACCACGCAAGAAUGACAUGGCGGCACAAGCCGUGGAAUGGUGGAGCUGGGACUGGGAAGACGCACAUACGCCCGAAACCAGCUCCUUGGUCUUCGGCAUCGCCGGUGAGAACCUAACCUUCAACCAAUUCGGCAAAGCCAACCACCUCGUCCUCGACCCGCGCGGCUACAGCACCAUCAUUCAAAACGAAGCCCUCGGUUUCCUACCCAACCCCUCUGAUGGCCGCCUACGCCUAAACACCCGCGUCACUCGCAUUGAAUACUCCCCAAGGGGCGUAACAAUCCACACCACCAACGACAACAACAAAAACAGCAACACCUGCAUCCGAGCGGCCUACGCAAUCUGCACCUUCUCCCUGGGCGUCCUCCAAAACAAAGCCGUAACCUUCGACCCACCUUUGCCCUCCUGGAAACAAACCGCCAUCGAGAAAUUCAACAUGGGCACCUACACCAAGAUAUUCAUGCAAUUCCCUGAGACCUUUUGGCCCACAGACACGCAAUUUUUCCUAUACGCUUCCCCAACAACAAGAGGCUACUACCCUGUCUUCCAAUCCCUCUCCACAGAGAACUUCCUCCCUGAAUCAAACAUCCUCUUCGCCACCGUGGUCGACGAACAAGCCUACCGCGUUGAACGCCAAUCCUUGACUCAAACGAAGGACCAGAUCCUCAAUGUUCUAAGAGAGAUGUUCCCUGAUAAACACAUCCCUGAGCCUACGGCGUUUACUUACCCCCGCUGGACGAAUGAACCCUGGGUCUACGGCAGCUACUCCAACUGGCCGGCGGGAACGACCCUUGAGAUGCAUCAGAAUCUGCGGGCGAAUACGGGCCGGCUGUGGUUCGCAGGCGAAGCGACCAGUGCGGCGUAUUUCGGGUUCUUGCAUGGUGCGUGGUAUGAGGGGCGCGAUGCGGGUGAGAAUGUUGCCGCGCUGUUGCAGGGGAGGUGUGUUGAGGAUGUUAGUACUACUAGUACUGCUAGUGGGAAAGAAGAGAAGGAGGAAGCGUGUGGAGAGAGGGUCUUUUAUGAGCAAUUAAAUGGGACUACGCCGCUGGAUGCGUAUAGUCGGUUGAACGGGUGGCCGGCGGUAAGUUACUACUAG